AGAUGACAUCAUUAUCAAACUGUGUAAGCAGGUCAAUGCUGACAUAAAAUUGUCAGAUAUUGACAGAAGUCAUCGUGUUGGUAAACCCGACCCUUCCAAAAGCAGACCUAUCAUAGUCAAAUUUGCAACUUAUCGGUCACGUCAAACCCUUUACAAAACUCGUGCGGCGCUAAAAUCGACGGGCUUCUCCGGUGCCUAUCUAAACGAGGACUUAACCCGUAAAAGAAGCCAGAUCAUGUACACCGCCAGGCAACUUGUAAAAUACAAAAAGCUGGAGGGCUGCUGGACUGCAGACGGGAUCAUUAUGGUCAAGGACCUCAAUCACCGUACCCAUAGGGUUGUUCGACAUGAUGAACUUAAAGUGUUCGAAUAAGUCCCCUUUUCUGCCUUGAACAGUAUAUUUCACGUUUACGUUGUAAUGCGUGUAAAGUGGUUCGGGGAUUUAUGUAUGGUUUAUAGAGCCUGGAUGUAAAAUGCUCAGAGGUAUCUACUAGUGCACAUACAUGUAUAUUUAUGUAGGGACUCACUCUUUGGCAAUUUGAAAUUUUCUUUUAUUCUAGGUUGGCUUCCAAAAUGUUGAAGGCGCGAAGCAAGUAUGUUGUCAUGGCAGCGAUUCUUAUCCUAGGACUCGUAUUUACGACACUACUGCAAACGUCCACCACAAAUCAACGACAAAACUUUGCGGUGUUAAAGUAUAUGCCACUCGCUGUUGUUCAGGAUACACCACUCGCUGUUGCUCAUGAUACGCCACUCGCUGUUUUUCAUGAUACGCCACUCGCUAGUGUUCAGGAGACACCACUCUAUGUCGCUCUUGAUACGCCACUCGCUGUUAGUCAGGAUACGCCACGUGCUGUGGUUCAGGAUACACCACUGAUUUUUUCUAACAAUACGCCUAUCGAGAUUGAAAUGGAAACGGUACUAACUGUUGCUAAGGAUACACCUGUUCAUGCCACCAAUCAUACUCAACACGCUGUUUCAACAGUAGCACUACUCGCUAAUUCCAGAGAUACGCCACUUAAGGUUGCUAAGAAUGAAACCAAUACGUCCCUUCAACCGGAUGCCCUAGCCAGAUAUUUCAACUCAACAACGUCGACGAAAACAAUGGUCAACAACACGCGUUUACUCCGAUUUAUAGAGGAGAUCAUAGAAAGCGAUGAUAGCCGAGGUCGACCGAUUACACAACUAACGGUUCCUCAAGUCACAUGCCCCGACCAGCCUCAGCAGACGCGUAUAGAAGACCUCCUGUGUAUGCAACCACCCAAGUUCCAACCGGUGUACAAGAACCCGUGCUUUUUUGCCUCAAAUGGGUUGUUUCACUGCCUCCCGUACUUCCAAAUUAUAGGAAUGGACAAGUCGGGAACCACAGACCUUUUCGACAAGAUCGCGCGGCAUCCAGAAGUGCAUGGAAACAACGGCACUCUACAGAAGGAGACGAUGUGGUGGAGCUGGAGACGCUAUGGACUUUGGUUGCGUGGGAAAAUUGAAGUUCAGAAGUUCAAUAGGUACGUGGAGUACUUUGAUGGCGCCGCGGCAGAAAUACAGCGGAACCCACGCCACGUUACGGGUGACGGUACGCCGAUGGAUAUGUGGGACAUGAGAGGGUGGCCGGAGAUUCCACAGAACGCCGGUCAAGAGUCGCCGCGGUUCACCACGCCGCACCUCAUACAUCAUAUCAACCCGGGUGUUCGCCUGUUGGCCAUCUUCCGGGAACCCACUCGGCGGCUAGAAAGCGACUAUUUCUUCCUGAAAAUUGGAAAACAGACGCGGGAAUCACUCCAUGUUGAAAUCGCGAAAGCUAUUGUUAGUUUACACGAAUGCACGAGAAAAGCCACUCUACGAACGUGUUUAUAUAAAAAGGAUCUUAUAGAAAAGUUAAACGCCCGGAUUCAUCUCGGGUUUUAUUCGGUGUAUCUGCGCGAGUGGCUGCAGGUUUUUCCCCGGGACCAGCUGUUAUUGUUUAGAACGGAAGACUAUUCUCGAUCGCCUCAGCGCCACCUACAGACUGUCUUCUCCUACCUGGGUCUAGAGCACGUGACAGACGACACUCUGCACGCCAUGACGUCAUCCAAACGCAAGCACGUGACCAAAAAGGCGAAAGGCGCCGGUAUUUUGGAUGAAACCAAGGCGCUGUUGCAGGCGCUGUAUGCACCGUUUAACAGGGACCUUGCACACAUUCUUCAGGAUGACAGUUAUCUUUGGUCGGACGUUUAGACAUUUACAGAGUCCACCUAACACAACGCUCGUGUAAUAGCACUGAUGAAUUCGGCAUGAAAUGUCUCAGCGUGCAGAAAACGAUUUUCUCAUAACCGGAUGUCCAAUCACUGGUGCGCAUGCGUGUCCAACCACUUGUCCAAUCAACGGUAAACUUUUUUCGAACAAGAAAAUGUGCGCCUGCAAUUGCUGCAUCAUCAUCACAAUAUGGAGGGAACUGAUUAUUUGUAUUUUUAAUGAAAGCCAAUUUAGACUAUAGGAAACCAUGACACUCCAGAGACAUUAUCAGGAGAUAAAUUAUGGUUUACUUCCGGUAGCGUUUUAGUUAACGCCAAUAUGUACUAGAAUAAUGGAUGGCCUAUUCUUGUAUAGUACGAACGUGUAUCUGAAUUGAUUACGUCUCUUAAGACUGCUUUUUGCGACAAUAUUUUUUCUGUUUGAAUGUAUUUAUUCAACCACACCCUCGUUAUGUUAAUCGACGUUGCGGUUGAUAUAGAAAAAUGUCGAGAUAUCAAUUUUUGCUUUCCUGCGGAUAUUGUGAUGUGUAACGGCAUAUCUAUGUACUAGUAUAGAGGAUGUUACAAUUCAGCACCGUAAUAAAAUUAUUCUGUGGAUAUUGUGAUGUGUAACGGCAUAUUUAUGUACUAGUAUCGGGGAUGUUACAAUCCUAGCACCGUAAUAAAGCUAUCAUGUGGAUAUUGUGAUAUGAUAUUACUUUUUGUCAGGUUCAUUUCGGUACUGUUAUUUUAUAUGCAGAUUGAUUUCGAAACAACUUGAGAUUUAUAUAAAAGAUUUUGUAUAAUAAUAAUUAUAUCCCUCGCACAACGAACUUGUAGGGAGAAGGGGAGGGGGGGGGGCGGCCUAUUUUUUUGACCGGAGAUUAUUAUUUUUUAGUUACAACCAUUUUAAGCUCACCUGAGCACAACAUGCUCAUGUUGAGCUUUUGUGAUCGCCUUUUGUCCGUCGUCCGUCGUGCGUCGUGCGUUGUUCGGCGUCAACAUUUGACUUGUUAACUCUCUAGAGGCCACAUUUAUUGUCCAAUCUUCAUGAAAUUUAGUCAGAAGAUUGGUCUCAAUGAUAUCUUGGAUGAGUUCGAAAAUGGUAACGUUUGCUCGAAAAACAUGGCUGCAAAGGGGCGGGGCAUUUUUCCUUAUAUGGCUAUAUAUGCUAUAGUAAAAUCUUGUUAACACUCUAGAGACCACAUUUAUUGUCCGAUCCUCAUGAAACUUGGUCAGAAGAUUCAUCCCAAUGAUAUCUUAGACGAGUUCGAAAAUGAUAUCGGUUGGUUGAAAAACAUGACCGCCAGGGGGCGGGGCAUUUUUCCUUGUAUGACAAUAGUAAAACCUUGUUAACACUCUAGAGGCCACAUUUAUUUUCCGAUCUUCAUGAAACUUGCUCAGAUGAUUUGUCCCAAUGAUAUCUUGGAUGAGUUCAAAAAUGGUAACCUUGGCUUGAAAAACAUGGCUGCCAAGGGGCGGGGCAUUUUUCCUUAUAUGGUAUAUAUGGCUAUAGUAAAAUCUUGUUAACUUUCUAGUUUGCUCAAUCUUCAUGAAAUUUGGUCAGAACAUUGGUUUCCUGCGUAGUAAAGUUUGGUUUUAUUAUGUCAAUAUCAUGUGACAUUAACUGUAUUAUGUAAUUUUUCAUAACACAGAAUUUUCAUAGUUAACAUAACUGUUUAAGUCAUUAACACUUAUGAUAAGCCUUUCAACUUAGAGAUAACUGAAAGAAAGACAACAUGUACAUGAUUUUGCAGUAUUUAUGCAGUAUUUAUCUCCCUUGUGUAAUCUGGUUCAGUUAAAUAUUUUUAGUUCUGCUCUGGAAUUUGGGAAGAUAUUGAUCAUUGAUAAAUGCACUGUUCUGAGGGAAGCUCUUGAACAAGGUUGGAAUUUUGAAAUAAUUAAACUCUAAAUUAUUUUUAACACCAGCAUCAAGACAUUUUGGCAUUAUUUUCUAAAUUAUUCUUAUUAUUGAGAUUAUUUCUAUUUGGCAUUUUCAAAAUUAUAAAGACUCUUUUCUAUUUCAAUAACUUCAGUAAAUUUUUCUUAUUUUUACAAUUGAUUCACUGAAGUUUCCUAAUCUCCCUAAAUAUUGUUCUUUAGAUUAAAUUAGACCUAAUUUGUAAACUAGAGUUUUGAAGCACUUUCUAGACUAACAGUAACUUAUAUUUAUAUCAGUUUUUUUGACCGAUUUUGAACUUCUUUUUACAUUCAUUAAGGUAUUUGCUGUAUUUUUUUCAUUUUUGUAACGUUACUUAGAUUCUUUAGACUUGGCUUGUACCUGUUCUUAAUUUUCUGUCAUUGUUCUUCAUUUUCCGAGUUCUUGGUAUAAAAAUUAGUUAUUUUUGUUAAAGCUGCCUUGGUUUUCACUUAUAAAUAAAUUAUUUGAGUGUAUUUAGGCGUCCCUGACUGAACUCCUUUAGUUAAUUGAAUUACAACCAGUCAGUAUAGUCAUCCUGACCGGAAAUAAGAGUUCGCCAAAUAAAUAUUUCCGCAGUACAUAAGUGCCCACAAAGUUACAUAACUUGUAACCGUCCUGUGACCGGUUCAUAUGCGUAAGCGAAGGAGACCGCACUACCACACCUGGAUAGGACAGUUGAGUUCGAUAAUGGUUUGAAUCGGUAUUAUUGCAUAAACUCUAUCUAUAAUGCCCUCUGGUGGGGUGCAGAAAUUCCGUUCAAGCCCUGUUAUGUGUUUUUCAUAUCCAUAAUCUGGUCCACACGCAGUUACUUCCCUUCUCAAGCCUUCGACGACUUUCCAAGCAUAAAUGGGGAACCGAAUAAGCACCAGUUUCCUCAUGCAUGCAGGGAUAAUGGCAAUGCCUAUUUCAAUCCACUUUUCAACUUAUACCAUCUGCACUCUCUUGACAACAGCUUAAUUGUAUUGGCAACGUCAAUGAAGUUGAGGUUAUUUACUCAACACUUUCAAAAGACUAUGCUGUAAAUUUAAGUGAUUAUGUACCUUCAACGAUCCUGCUGUAAAUUCCAAAAUAAUUCCUCAUUUCUUAAUUUGCGCGGCUGCAUUUCAACUUUGCAUUAAUCCACUGUUUAAACACAUUUUAACACGUAAACUGCCUAUCCGAAGGUAAAGCCUCGUCAUUUCGGAUGAUGACCGAGUGAGGCAUAUGUAAAACACAACCUUGAACUGUAUUGAAAUAAUCGAAUUAUGUUGUCGAUGUCGAAUGAACAAAACAUUGUUUUCAAUGUUAUUUUAAUUUAUUUUGGUAUGUGUGAUUUGUUUAUGCAAUAAUAGCGAAAAUACACAUUUUC